AUCACUAGGAAUCAUGCCUGCCAAAGGAAAAGAAAGGGAACUGUAAUAAAGAAUGGAGAAAAAGAAAAGAAGCACAUUGCCAACUCCAUCUUUGAGUCAUCACAACUUGAAGGCCAAAGGCUUUUCCCUCUCUCUACACAGAUGAAAAUUCCCUGCUUUCUGAUCUUUUCUCAGCUCUCUCACACAUCAUUCCUCAGCUUGCUUUGUUCAUGCAAGAUCCAAAGAACUCUCACACAAGGAAGCCUUGGUAUCAAAGAGCAAUGGAGAGGGCUACCGUAUGGAAAACUGGUCCAAAGACUGCCGAAAUCCCUUCUACGAGUGCUACAUUGUGGAAAACCAUUUCCAAGCCCACGGAAAUUCCCAUGGCGAAUGCAACACUAUGGAAAGCAAUCCCCAAGUCCGCUGAGAUCCCAUCAACUCAUCCCAACAGAGAGAAGCUGAGGAAAUGCACCUCCCUCAGGGUUGCCACAUCGUUUACUCGUGUUUGUCUAUGUGCACCAAUCUCUUCCUACAAUGAGGUGUUUCGUGCGGACGUUCCCCCUCGAAGAAGCAACAGUUACCCUAGGUCAAAGCCGUUUACCCUGUCACAAGAAAGAAUACCUAGCGCGAGACUUAGCACGGAAGGAAGAAGAGUUUUCCGCGGAAAAUCUUUGACGGAUGAUGUUUUGAUGAGGAGAUUUGUUGUGGAAGAAGAAGCAAUGAUGCAAGUUAGGAGGAGGAACCAAAUGGAAGUCAUAAGGAGGAGAAGUAUGAUGAGAAGGAAGAAGCUUGGCCCUAGUCCUCUUAGUAGAAUGGUAAAGGCUAAGGAGGAGGAGGAGGAAGAAACUUUUUAAUUUUUCUUUUUGAAAAUUUACCCAUCAUUUCUCUUUUUGUUCUUUUUCUUCUUAAUUAUUGCCUAAAUUGUUUGCACUCUUCACUGGGCACUUCCUUUUGCUAUAUAAUCAAACAAUUUGGAUGGAGGGAAAAAUCUGCAAAUUGUGGGAACA